GUAUUUCAUGCAAUUCCUGAAAAGGUAAAAUCAUCGAACGUAUCAAGAAGAAACGUAAUAUAAUCGCUAGCGUGCAAAAAGAACAGAUCAUUGUUAUUAACAGAUUUGUUAAACCUGUAAGAUUAUAUUAAAGUGUGCGGCACCGUGGCUUUAGAACUUCCGGCGGAACAACAUUAUCGCAGAUGAUCACGUGAUCGAAGAUCGACUUCUUCGUUUGUGGCCACGAGGUUUUGUGGUGAAAAUUAAGUUUACUGGGUGGAAAAGGCUGUAUAUUUUUGUAUUUAUACAAAAAUGCCCUCCAGCAAUCCUUUGCCACCCAAAGAAAAUGCCUUGUUUAAACGAAUUCUGAGAUGUUACGAACACAAACAAUAUAAAAAUGGGAUAAAGUUUGCAAAGCAAAUUUUAUCAAACCCGAAAUUUAGCGAACAUGGCGAGACCUUGGCAAUGAAAGGUCUGACUCUAAACUGCUUAGGUCGCAAGGAAGAAGCAUAUGAUCAUGUACGGCGUGGUCUCAGGAAUGAUUUGCAGUCUCAUGUUUGUUGGCACGUUUAUGGACUUUUACAACGCUCGGAUAAGAAAUAUGAUGAAGCUAUCAAGUGUUAUAGAAAUGCCCUUAAAUGGGACAAAGAUAACAUUCAAAUUCUUAGGGACUUAUCGUUGCUUCAAAUUCAAAUGAGAGAUCUGGAUGGCUACAAAGACACAAGAUAUCAAUUGUUUAUGUUACGUCCUACACAACGUGCUUCAUGGAUUGGUUUUGCUAUUUCAUAUCAUUUAUUAAAAGACUAUGAAAUGGCACUUAAAAUUUUAGAUACAUUUAGGAAUUCUCCAAUGAUCUGUUAUGAUUAUGAACACAGUGAAUUGUUGUUGUAUGAAAACAUGGUUAUCCAAGAAUCAGGAGAAUGUGAACAAGCAUUGAAACAUCUCGAUAAAUAUAGUGAUCAAAUUUGUGAUAAAGUUACUGUGAAAGAAACAUAUGGUAAAUUAAGAUUACAGUUAAAACAAUAUGCAGCAGCAGCACAAGUUUAUAAGGAGCUUUUAAAUAUAAAUCCUGAAAAUACAACAUACUAUGCUAGGCUAGCAGAGGCUGAGAGACAUACUAAACCUGAUGAAACAUUAGCUAUGCUCCAAAGAUACGAGGAACUGUUUCCUAGAGCGCUAGCGCCACGACGCUUACAACUAAAUUGUGCUGUAGGAGAUGAAUUUAAAACAUUAGUUGAUCGGUACUUACGAAGAGGUCUUCAUAAAGGUGUACCACCUUUGUUUGUAAACCUUCGUUCCCUCUAUAGCGAUCAACCGAAAGUUGAUAUUAUACAGUCUUUAGUUUUGGAAUACAAGGAAGCGUUGAAGGUUCACGGACAUUUUAGCGAUCAAGAAAGAGAUAAUCCACGCGAGCCAGCUUCGGCAUUAUUGUGGACUUAUUAUUAUUUAGCACAACAUUACGAUCAUCUUGGACUUACAGAAAAAGCACUGAAUGAAAUCGAUGCUGCCAUAGAACAUACUCCUACACUUAUAGAACUUUUCGUUACCAAAGGACGCAUUUAUAAGCAUGCCGGCGAUGUCCAAGAGGCUUAUAAAUGGUUGGACGAAGCACAAGGAUUAGACACUGCAGAUCGAUAUAUUAAUUCCAAAUGUGCCAAGUACAUGUUGCGCGCAAACCUUAUUAAAGAAGCUGAAGAGACUUGUGGAAAGUUCACUAGAGAAGGAGUCUUAGCCAUGGAAAACCUAAACGAAAUGCAGUGCAUGUGGAUUCAGACAGAAGCAGCUAAUGCUUAUAAACGUCUUGGAAAAUAUGGGGAGGCAUUGAAGAAGUGUCAUGAAGUUGAUAGGCACUUUUCCGAAAUCAUAGAAGAUCAGUUUGACUUUCAUACGUAUUGUAUGAGAAAGAUGACCUUGCGAUCAUACGUGGGUCUCUUAAGGUUAGAAGAUGUGCUACGAUCUCAUCCGUUCUACUUUAAGGCAGCGCAAUGUGCAAUCGAAGUGUAUUUACGGCUGUUCGACGAUCCUCUACCCGAUCCAACGCAAACCCAAGAAAUCGACACCGAGAAUUUAGCGCCGUCAGAAUUGAAGAAAUUACGGAACAAGCAGAGAAAGCAACGCAGAAAGGCUGAGUUGAAGCGACAACAAGCUGCUCAAGCACAAGAGAAAAGGGAGCAGCACAAUAAGUCGCGACAACAGGCUGAUCCCGAUUUAGAACAACCCACGUUAGACGAACUUAUACCGGAGAAACUGGAAAGGGUCGAGGAUCCAUUGGAGCAGGCAAUCAAAUUCUUAAAACCUCUGCAAGAACUGGCAUCGGACAGAAUAGAGACACAUCUUAUGGCAUUUGAAAUUUAUCAUCGUAAAUGUAAAACGUUGUUGAUGCUUAGGUCGAUUAAACGUGCACACAACCUAGAUCCAAAUCAUCCUGAUCUUCACACGUGUAUAGUAAAUUUUAUAUUACACAUAAGCCAUUUAGGAUUAGAAAAACCAGUGGGCGAGGUCGUGAAACGGCAAACAGCUGGGAUCUAUUCCACAUCAAGCACAAUGUACUUUACGCUCUUCCACUUCAACGCUGAAUUUCUGAAGAAGAAUCGAAACUCACUGCCGCACCUUCUACAGGCUGCAAAGAUCAUGGAUUUCUUGGAUAUGUCCCCUGUUCUCGAAGAGACAGCUCUGUCACUGGUCACGAAUAUUGACAAUCUCGAAGGUGUGACUCUAGAGAAUUGUACAAAGGUGCUAGAAUCGAUGCGUAACGGUGACUUUGGGGAUUGCGACGCCGCGAUAGCCGAUUUCAUGGCAAAAUGCCAUAAACGUUUCCCGUACGCCACGGCUUUUCGGCCUCCAGAAACAAAGGCGACGACCAACCAUCAGGAGAAGGAGAAUUCUAUCAAAAACUGAUCGAGGCACGCACUGUCCAGCGUUACUGAUCUACUACGUAGUUAGACGAUGUAAUUACGUGGAGGAGCGUAGAGCAUUUACGAAGAUCUACGGUGAAAUUCGUCGAAUGGAAGCGUACGAUAUAACAACGGACAUAGUGAAGGGAAGCGAAAUUGGCGGAUUUAAUUAAUAAUUAUUACACAUGUAUUAUAUAUACACGAACCGUUCCUGGAAGGUUUCAAGUAGUGCGAAAGAAACAGUGCUGGAACAGUGCUGGAUAAACAAUCUUAAUAAAUUAUAAUACGAAGAGGCGCGAGAACAGUGCCUCCGAUGACAUGGUCCCGAAUUUUAGGUGAACGAAGAAAGGAUGGCUUAGCUAAUAUUAAUUAACAAUUGGAACAGAUAGAAUUAACACCGCUGGUCGCUCUAACGACAAAGCGGUAACGCUAAAUGGAAAGAUCAACGGCAAAGUGUGAAAUGUUUUAGUGCAACGGGAUUUAAGGGAGGGCGGUUGAAAUAUGGAGGGAUAAUUACGACGGGCGGGGAAAGUACAGUGUGUAAAUUAUAUGACGUGCGAAACUAACACAUUGGUACAAAAUACAAGACUUGUAUACAUUCAUAUGCGCGUUCUAUGGAUAUUUCUACUUGAUGUUAAAGUGUACUAUUUUCAGCGAUAUCCGCAUAAAACACUCUACUGUGUAGAGUUUGAAAACUAAGACGAUCAUCGAGCACCCGAUAUAAUUGUACCGCGCAUGUUCGUCGCUACAUUUGAAUAGACUUUGUUCCAAGUCAUAUACUAUCUUCUAGUUCACUUCAUUCGCGAACCGUUUACACAAAGUGAACAUACGAUCAUAACGUUUUCCUUCUAGAUACACUAAUUUUAUUUCUGUGUUCGAGGCCAGGGUAAUGAUCUACGUUUGGAUUGGAGCCCUGAUAAUUCCAUCGAGAAUAGUCAAUAACGAAGUAGUGUCCAUUUGCGAAAGUCUUUGUGAGAGUUACUAAUAAGAACAAUAAAGUGCGUAUUGUAUACGCAAAUUACCAAAGUAUAAAUACGAUAAAUCGAAAACAAGUGUUGAUAGAAACAAAAAAAAAAAACAAAUAUCAUGCAUCUGUAUGUGAACGGAUUACAGAAAUUUUAAUAAAAGGUAAUGUUACAAUUUACCGGUAAAAAAUUAACAAUGUUAUAUGCUUACCUGAUUUAUUUUUUGAAAAUAACGAUAUAUAUAUAUAUAUAAGUUGUGAAUUUCCUUAAAACAAAAAUUAAUUGAAUAUCAUACAGAUACUACAAAUUAGUGAUAAUGUUUGUAUAUAUUUCAGCUAUUACUUUAACAAUAUAUACACGUAUAUAUAUAAAACAUAUUUCCUAUCUUAUUUAAGUCAUAGAAUAUAAUUUACAACUGAUACUAUGACAGUGUUGAAAAUUCGCUCGAAGUCAACUUAAUUUGUAAUUAUAAAAAUAAGAUAUUUAAAUCGGCUUAUAUGGUAACAUAAUAUUUAAAGUUUCGAUUCACUCGCAAAGUAGUACAUAUUGGAUAAAUUUUACUACUUAAUUAAAAAUCAAUCGAUGGAAUAAUCUAUGAGAAUAUAAUAAAUGCAAUUAUUGUUUCCGUAAAUACCUUCUGUAAAUGCAUGGAAUGUUUCUCAGGGCUAUGCAAAUAAUAUCGUAACGUAAGCGAUAAUAUAAAUGUUCUACACAUUCAUUGUAAUAUUAGUCAUUUCAUACGACGAAAGAAAAAUAUUAUCAUGCCAGUUUAUCGAUAAACAAACUUCUUGCAAAUAGUAUUCAUUCCUAAUACAGAUUUAAUACACAUUAUUCACGAUGUACCAAGUUUCCGACCAUGCAUCUACCGAAGUGUUACCGUUUGUUUAUUAAUAUUUUCUUUUUUUUCAACUCUUCCUGCAAUCUUUCGCAUAAUCAAGGAUCUUAAAAGCUACGUAUAUUAGUUGCUCCAAUCUUUAUCGGAGGUUGUUACCUCAGUAUACAAAUUUCUAUCUCUCAUAAAUAAGAUCAAAUUUAAAAAAAAUAAAUAAAUAAAUGAUGCUGGUUAAGGAUAGUGUAUCAA